CCGUCGCCUGGGCAAGGUCCACCAACCGGUUAUUCAUACCGACGCAUUUAGCCUAAACGCGAUUGACCAGGCUGUUGGAGAAUGUGGAUCCGCGAGUUCCCCAGACGGGGUUCGACUUAAGUUGGGGGAUUGAAAAUUACGUAUAAACAGGAAGAUCCCGAUACCUUUGCAAUGACCGAGCUCAUCUCUACGCGUACACAGAACGAGGUCGAUUGAGCUAGGCGCGACAGAAUGCGCGGACUCUGGUUUUUGGCUACCCUCGGCCUCGCGGCUGCAGAGGAUGGUUUGAAUGCGUGGCUGCGAUACGCUCGACUACCCAACCAAAUUGCUAGGCAAGCUAUUGUUCCCUCUGCUAUCAUCGCUCUCAACACGACCGAAUCGAGUCCUGUUUACACCGCUGGUCAAGAGUUACAAAAGGGCAUCAAUGGGAUUCUCGGAAAGCAACUUGAUGUAUCACACGAGGUCAAGGAAUGCGCUUCCGUGGUCAUUGGAACAGUCGCAUCCUUCAACGAGUCUGGUAUCGCAAUUGAGACCCCAGAGCUCGAGGAAGAUGGCUUCUGGCUCAGCGUCAAAGGCGACAACGUCGAGAUUGUAGGCCAAAACGAGCGCGGUGCUUUAUACGGCGCAUUCGAGUACCUGUCCAUGCUAGCCCAGGCGAAUUUCACCGAAGUCGCCUACGCCACGAACCCUAGCGCCGCGAUCCGAUGGAUAAACCAGUGGGAUAAUAUGGACGGGACGAUCGAGCGCGGCUACGCCGGGCUAUCUAUCUUCUUCAAGAACAACACCGUCCUCUCGAACGUGACGCGCGUCGAGCAGUACGCCCGUCUGCUCGCCUCGAUCCGCGUCAACGGCAUAGUCAUCAACAACGUCAACGCGAACGCCAUCCUGCUCAGCGACGCGAACAUGGCCGGGCUAGCGCGCAUUGCCGACGCCAUGCGGCCGUGGGGCAUCAAGGUCGGGAUAUCGCUGAACUUCGCAUCACCGCAGACUUUCGGCGGCUUGUCCACCUUCGACCCGCUUGACGAGUCCGUCAUCGCGUGGUGGAAUAACAUCGCGGAUAAGUUAUACGCACAGGUCCCAGAUCUCGCUGGUUUCCUCGUCAAGGCGAACUCCGAGGGUCAGCCGGGUCCGAUCACGUAUAACCGCACACUGUCCGACGGAGCCAACCUAUUUGCGCGUGCUGCAAAGCCGCAUGGUGGCGUUGUUAUGUUCCGCGCCUUCGUGUACGAUUACCAGACCCUGAACGAGGCGAAUUGGAAAGACGACCGUGCGAACGCGGCUGUGGAUUUCUUCCGCGAGCUCGAUGGUAAGUUCGAUGAUAAUGUGAUUGUCCAGGUUAAAUACGGACCCAUUGAUUUCCAGGUGCGGGAGCCGGUGUCGCCGCUAUUCGCCCACUUGAAGGAGACGGCUUCGGCGAUCGAGUUGCAGAUCACGCAAGAGUACCUCGGCCAGCAGUGUCAUCUAGUCUACCUACCACCGCUAUGGAAGACGAUCUUGGAUUUCGAUAUGCGUGUCGACGGUGAGAAAUCUGUUAUUGGCACUGAUAUCCUAUCUGGCAAGCGCUUUAACAAGAAGGGACUCACUGGUUAUGCGGCAGUUGUCAACGUGGGGCAGAACGCCACUUGGCUUGGCACGCAUCUUUCCAUGUCGAAUUUGUACGCGUAUGGACGAAUCGCCUGGGAUCCCACGGUUAAUGAAGUAGAGAUCCUGGAGGACUGGACAAGAUUGACUUUCGGUCUGGACGACACUGUGCGUGAGACCAUCACGCGCAUGUCGAUGGAGUCGUGGCCCGCCUAUGAGAAUUAUACGGGUAACUUGGGAAUCCAGACAUUGACGGAUAUUACUGGCCCCCACUAUGGCCCGAACCCGCAGUCGAUGGACAAUAAUCCGUGGGGGCAGUGGACGCGAGCUGAUGCUUUCAGCAUCGGAAUGGACCGCACUGUAUAUAACGGCACCGGCUACGCUGGUCAAUACCCCGAUGAAGUCGCUGCUAUGUACGAGGAAAUUGAGACGACUCCCGAUGACCUGCUAUUGUGGUUCCACCACGUUCCGUAUACGCAUGUGCUGAAGAGCGGGAAGACGGUUAUCCAGCACUUCUAUGAUGCGCACUACGCUGGUGCCGAAACCGCCGCCACCUUCCCGACUCAAUGGUCCAAGCUCCGCAACCUCGUCGACAAACAGCGUUUUGACGAGACCAUGUUCCGACUAACCUACCAAGCGGGCCACUCGAUCGUAUGGCGGGAUAGCAUCAACCAAUUCUACAACUCGCUAUCGAACAUCGCCGACGACCACGACCGAGUGAACAAGCACCCAUGGCGAAUCGAAGCGGAGAACAUGACGUUGAAGAACUACCGCGUGACAGCCGUGACCCCGUUCGAGGUCGCAUCGAACCUGCGCGUCGUGCAGACCAUCGGGAACUCGACUGCCGCCAGCGCAAGCGCAACGAUCAAUUACCCCAACGGCGUGUACGAUCUUGCCGUCGCGUACUACGAUCUAUACGAAGGGAAAGCUUCGUACGAGUUAUUUUUGAACGAGAAGAGUAUUGGGAAAUGGAUUGGUGAUAAUGAGGAUAAACUAGGAUUCACGCUGACGAGGGGAAUUGACGGACACUCUGCGACGCGCAUUACGUUUAAGGGGAUCCAGAUUAAGAAGGGCGAUGUCGUGCGUGUUGAUGCUAAAGCGAAUGGUCGCGAGACGGCGCCGUUGGAUUAUAUUGCGGUGUUGCCGCCUGGAGUGGUGGAUUAAUGGUCGUAAGGAUGCGAUUAUUUUUUA